AAGAGAUUUAGAAGGUACAUGAAUAAUUAGUUACGAAAUUACGAAAAUACCUGGAUAACUAAUUACAAAAAUACAUGGAUAACUAGUUACAAAAUUGCGAACACUACGGCUAUGGUAUAUAUGCCUACUCAGCAUGUAGGUACUUAUAAGCCAUGAUUAUUAUUGAACAUCAUCUUCUAAAGGUUGAUAGUCGAGAUUUAGCUUGCUCGUCUACAUGUAUUUCGCUGGUAGUUGCUGAAUUAAGCAAAAGAAGAGCAUUACUCAGACUGCUCCGUCAGUAACUGCUCAAUAGUCUUUUGUAACAGGAUUUCAU